ACUCUUCCGGUCUUUCGGCUUUCGGCUCGGAGGAGGCGAAGGUGCAACUUUCUUCGGUCGUCCCGAAUCCGGGUUCAUCCGACACCAGCUUCCUCCACCAUGCCGCCAAAGUUCGACCCCAACGAGGUCAAAGUCGUUUACCUGAGGUGCACCGGCGGGGAAGUCGGUGCCACGUCCGCCCUGGCCCCCAAGAUCGGCCCCCUGGGCUUGUCUCCAAAAAAGGUUGGUGAUGACAUUGCCAAAGCAACCGGUGACUGGAAGGGUCUGAGGAUCACAGUGAAACUGACCAUUCAGAACAGACAGGCCCAGAUUGAAGUAGUGCCUUCUGCCUCUGCCCUGAUCAUCAAAGCCCUCAAAGAACCACCACGAGACAGAAAGAAGCAGAAAAACAUCAAGCACAGUGGAAACAUCACUUUUGAUGAGAUCGUUAGCAUUGCCCGGCAGAUGCGGCACCGAUCUCUGGCUAGAGAACUCUCUGGAACCAUUAAAGAGAUCCUGGGGACAGCCCAGUCUGUGGGCUGCAACGUGGAUGGCCGCCACCCUCAUGACAUCAUAGAUGACAUCAACAGCGGUGCAGUGGAGUGCCCGGCUAGUUAAGAACUACAAAGGAAAAUAUUUUAAUUAAAGAUCACUUAACAAUCAA